AGGGAUGUUCUAUCGUUUCCCAUUUCUUGGGUGUAAAAUUCAAUCCCGAUUCCCUUCUAUGAAAAACAAAAUCCCCUGACAAUCAAACAGUUUUAAUGAAAAUGGAGAACACGGGGAUUUUGAAGGAGUGGUUUAAUCGAGUCGAUUCGGAGAAUUCUGGAAGCAUCACAGCUCCUCAGCUUCAGAAUGCUCUGGCGGUUGGAAACCUCAACUUUCCCCACUCAAUUGUGCAGCAAAUGAUCAGAAUGUAUGAUUUUGAUAGAAAUGGAACUAUGAGCUUCGAAGAGUUUGUAGCUCUCAACAAGUUCCUCCUUAAGCUUCAGCAAGCCUUCUCUGACUUGGAAAGAGGACGUGGUUAUCUAGUACCCGAUGAUGUAUACGAGGCAUUGGUUAAAAUUGGCUUCAUGCUGGACUCUCCGGCUUUUUAUACUGUCUGUGAGAGCUUUGAUCAAAAGAAGAAUGGGAAAUUUCGGCUAGACGACUUCAUAUCUCUCUGUAUAUUUGUUCAAUCAGCUGGGAAUUUGUUUAAUUCCUUUGAUACAGCAAAACAAGGCAGGGUGACUCUAGAUCUCAACCAGUUUGUCUAUUGCACUGCUAAUUGUAGAAUAUGAAAGUGUAAAUAUUUGACAAGGAGGGGACAACAUUCUGCAGAAACUAUUUGUGCGACCUGUGGAUCUAGAAUGGUGGUAUAUGAACCAUGAACUUAUUUUUCAGUAGCAUGAUGUAUCUUGUUUGUUUAUCUGUUGGCUAGAUUUGAUGCUGGAAAAGGUUCAUCUGAUUACAGUAUUAGUAAUUCAUUUCUAUACCUCUUCUAUAUUGCGGCUUUUGUGUAUCAGUUAUUCACAUGAUCAGUCAAUAUAUUGGUUUAUUUUGUUAGCUUCA